UCUAGAUUAUAUCUAGAUUCCAUAUAUUUCAUUUAAAUAUCACGAAUAAAAAAUCAAAACAUUUAAAUCUACUUGAAAAGUAACCAUCAUGUUUGUAUUUCAUAACAGGUAGGACCGAAUGUAAAGGAUACACCUAAGUAUUCCUAGAUCCUCUAUGUCUAUUGUGGAAUCGAAACAACAGAACGGGGUUCUUUUCAAUGUCAAAAUAAAUAAACCAGAUAGACGUGUAAAGCAAAAAUGCUAAUUUUGCUAGCAAUGAUACUUAUUCUUUUAAUUUCACCAGUAUAUGGGAAAGCUGGAGACGAUAUGGCAAGACUUUAUGAGCUUUUAUUUCUCAAUCACAACAAAGAUGUGCGUCCUAUUUGCGAUGGGAACAUGCCCUUAGAAGUGAAAAUCCAAGUGAUUCUGAGGCAAAUUGUUGAGCUGAAUGAAAAUAAACAAGAACUCUCUUUGACAUUGGGGAUCGGCUUUUACUGGUUCAACUGUUUCCUGCAAUGGGACCCUGUCAGCUAUGGUAACCUCACGAGUCUAACUGUCCCAUUUAAAAGAAUCUGGACACCAGAUAUUAGUAACUUUGAAAGCAGCAUACAUGGUACUCUUAUCGACUUCAGCAACCAUUACGUGACUAUCAAACAUACCGGUGUCUGCAUGCUACAUUUUCCUAUGCUAAUGAAAUCGUCUUGUAGCAUUGAUGUAUAUUUUUUCCCAUAUGAUACACAGAGUUGCUAUUUGGUAUUCGGAUCAUUGUCGUAUUACAUCAAUACAAUAACUCUAGAACGCCUGCCAGAAUUAUCACAGUUUAUCGCCAACUCAGCAUGGAGUUUGGUCAGCUUUCUGGCUGAUAAUACGACAGUGCGUGGAUUCAAUAGAGAGCCCUACACAAUUGUCAGCUAUCAUUUGGUGCUUAAAAGAAGACCUUACUUUUAUUUGAUCAAUUUAAUCAUUCCCAGUUUACUCUUCUCUCUCGUGGCUACGUUUGGCUUCCUAUUACCCGUAGAAUCAGACAAUAAAAUAAAUUUGCAAGUGUCUGUAUUUCUGUCCUUCUCGUUUUUUCUUCUGCUGGUUUCUAGACAAGUGCCCCCGAACUCCGAACAUUUUCCACUUCUUGGACUUUACUUUAUCUCUCUCAUGGUUCUGGUCAGCCUGUCUAUAAUGAUGAACAUACUAGUCCUAAACGUUCACCACAAAUCUAGCGAGCACUCGCCUGUUCCUCUAUGGCUCAAAGGAUUUGUAUUCCGUUUUCUGGACAAGUUUGCGUACCUGCAUGACACAGAUGUGCCACAGAGAGAGACAAACACCUCAAAAAUACGUAUAUUCGAUAUCAACGAAAUCAGGGAGCAAAUUGAAAGCGAAAUGUAUUGCUAUAGCCAGAGAUGGGCCAAUGCAAGUACAUGGCCAAAAGAUUUAAUUGAAAACUAUCUGCAGGUGAUCCACCCUGUGUUAGAGAUAGUAAAUGUUCAGCUGGACGUGAUGGAGAAAUCAAUGCGUAGAAAACAGUUGGAGCGGAUUGAGAAACACCAGGGCUGUGAUUGGAUGAGAGCUGCUCACGUGCUCGAUCGUCUGUUUCUAAUGCUAUUCGUCAUCCUUGUUGGUACCUGCACCUGUUGUUUUUUGGCUAUGAUGGUCAACAACUAAAAGACCCUCCUACGCCUGAGUGCGGAGAUAUUCCUCUCCAGGUCUCGGUUGAUAUGUAAUAAAAAUGAGUAUGUAAAUAAUGCAUUCAACAAUAAUAUGUGUACUUUUC